AUGAGUGGUGGCCUGGCUCCAAGUAAGAGCACAGUGUACGUGUCCAACUUGCCCUUCUCCCUGACAAACAACGACUUAUACCGGAUAUUUUCCAAGUAUGGCAAAGUUGUGAAGGUUACUAUAAUGAAAGACAAAGACACGAGGAAGAGUAAAGGAGUGGCGUUUAUAUUGUUUUUGGAUAAAGACUCUGCACAAAGCUGCACCAGAGCCAUAAAUAACAAACAGUUAUUUGGUAGAGUGAUAAAGGCAAGCAUUGCUAUUGACAAUGGAAGAGCAGCUGAAUUCAUCCGAAGGCGAAACUACUUUGAUAAAUCUAAAUGUUACGAAUGUGGGGUGAGUACAUGAAGUCUUCUGCAGCUUAAGGUAUUUCCCACAUCUGUC